AUGAAGUUCCUUUGUCUCCAUGGUGCCAUUGGCAAUGUUGAUAAUAUCGGCAUUCAGCUAGCGCCGCUACAGAAAGACUUGCAAUCAGACGAUACUGCGUCGUUCCAUUACAUCAACGCCCCCGUGAAGAUCACUCCUCCGGAAGGUUUUGAAGAAUACUUUGGCGUUGGUCCUCAUUUCCGCUGGGCGGAUGAUGGCGGCGCGGCUGAGGACUCCAUGAUCAGUCGUGUGCGCAAAAUCCCCGAUGGUCAGAACCCUGAAGAUGUGAUGCGCGACCUGAUUGGAGAGCGGAAUGUUGUCUGGCUCAACUACAAUCAGGUGAUGGAUUAUCUAUACGAGACAAUGGAGAAGGAUCCGGAGAUUCAAGGUAUUAUUGGAUAUAGUGAGGGCGCCGCUAUUGCAGCCACUCUCAUCGUCGACGAAGAGAAGCGUGCGCGGGCAACGGGUCGUCUGCGACAGAUCAAAUGCGCCAUGUUCGUCACUGGUUGGCCCCCGAUGCAUCCAAUCGACGGGGUCCUUCUAGCAGAUGAGAGCGACGUUAUGAUUGAUGUUCCCAGUCUGCAUGUUAUCGGAGCUAACGAUCCCUUCCGACACGGCGCCUACGCCCUAUACAAUGUUUGCGAUCCGGAUACCGCGGAAUUCUUCGACACAGGCAAAGGACACACAAUUCCACGUUCGGGCCUUGUUAUCCAUGAGCUUGGGGAUGCCGUUCGGGGUCUGAUUGAGAAGGCCUUUAGUCCAGAGGAAUACUAG